AUGCCAUUUAGUUCCAAUGCUCGUAACAAAAUCAGAGAAACCCGAUUAGAUUUCGCCAAUUCAUCUCUGGAAAGAGAUGAUGUUGAAUAUGGAUAUGUUGGGAUUAGAGAAAAGGGUCUUAAAGAAUGUGGAAUUUCGACUUCAGAUGGACUUCUUUAUAAGAGUGGAGAAAAAUGUAACCUUGAUAUAUCGGACGAGUCUGUGGAGUUCAAAAAAGGGAUGCAGAGUGAGAAAGAUAGUGAAAUUGAAUUAAGGGUUUUGGAUUCAUAUAAUAGGAAUAGAAAGCAAAGUGAAGUUUGUAGAAGUAUUGAGGGGGAUGAAGAUGAAUCAAGACACCCACUAGUGAAAGAAGUUUGUAGGUUAAUUGAUUUUCGGGCAGCAUGGACUCCAAAGCUUGAAGGAGAGUUGAGGCACUUGUUGAGAAGUUUGAAGCCUAGGUAA